CGAUAUCACAACAGACUCGACAAGACCUGACCAGCCUGUCUCGAUAAGCCCUCAGCCAGAUCCAACUCAGACCAACCCGACCAGACCCAAAACAAACACGGCUUAAAGAUUGAAGGAAAACGGUGGACGCAGAAGUAGAAUGAAGGUAUCCGCGGUGUGCAUGACCGGCCUGGUGUGGGCGUGUCUGGUAGCGCUGAGUGUGUCCACGCCCUAUGGGGGAUGGAAAUCUCAGCCCAGCUACUCCAGCAACACGGGGUGCGGUACCAAGGUGCACCACUUCACCAAGAUCUUGGCCAGCACCGUGACGAAGACCUCCACCUCCACCUCCACCGUCACUAGCGCCACCGCCACCUCCACCUCCACCAAGACUGUGACGCUGCUGAGUACAGCAACAUCCACCACCACAACCACCUCCGUCUCCACCACCACCUCCACCACCACCUCCACCGCCACCUCCACCUCUACCUCUACCACCACUACCACCACCACCAGUACCGGCACCACCACCGUCACCGUGCUAUCCCCGUGCACCAUCGACGUGCGCAACAGAGACUCAUCGUCCAAGUACAAGGGCUGGGCCUGGUCCUGAGGAGAGAGCGACCACGCAGACCUCACAGCUUGAUUACAUUCCAUGCCUAACAUUAUGAUUCGUAUCGUCAAGGUGCACCAUUUCAAAUUGUAGUUAUAUUUAUAUGAAUUCAAGUUAAGAUUCUAUUUAUGAGUUGUUCUUUAAAAUGUGAACGUAGCAUUAAAUCAGUUCUAUCAUA